AUGGAGGUGUAUGGGAUUGUAAGCAUUGGACUCCUUUCAAUAUUUAUGAUAUUAGUUAUGUUCUUCACUUUUUGUAAAAACAACAACAAUAACAACAAAAAUAAUUAUCGCGCGCCUCCUGCAGGCAACGAGGCGCGCGCCAAGAGCAGGGUUUCGGUCCAUAACACGUGCGAAGCGGACAAUGGAGAGGGAGGAGGGAAUGAACAUGGGACCGGGGACGGCGGUGGUUCUACCAUCAUGGCCAGUGUCGUCGCCACGACGGCACUAAACUCCAUAGUUAUUGAUGUGGGCGGCGGAGGUAGUGGAGGCGGUGAUGGUGGCGGCCACGGCCACGGUCAUGGUCAUAGUCAUGGUGGUGGUGGUGACGGUUGA